GAGAACAAUAGAUCUGUUCCACCGAGAAGCCCACGCACACUUUCCUCCCGCAGCUCAUUUAGUCCUCGACCGGCUCCUCCUCAGCAGCCGCCAUGAAAAUAGCAUCGUUCAACAUCCAGAAGUUUGGGAAAAACAAAGUGUCCGACCUAGAUGUCCUCAAUAUCCUGGUUCAGGUCGUGUCUCGCUAUGACAUCGUCGUGAUCCUGGAGGUGGUGGACAUCAGCGGAGAGUCUGUUCAAACAUUCCUGGAAGCUCUCAACAAAGCCAACGGGAAGCAUCACUACACCCUGAAGAUCAGCAGUCGUCUGGGCCGGACGCGCUACAAGGAGCAGUUCAUGUUCUUGUACAGGGAUAACUUGGUGGACUUGGUGGGCUCCUAUCAGUUCGAUGACCAGGUGGUCGAGGGAGGAGACGUCUUCGCUAGAGAUCCCUACAUCCUGCGGUUCAGGUGCCUCGAUACAGUGCUGAAGGACCUGGUGAUGAUCCCGGUUCACACCAAACCACAUGACUCUGAGAAGGAGUUGGACGAGCUCUACGACGUCUUCCAGCACGUGAAGAAGAAGUGGAGGACGGACAACGUGAUGAUCCUGGGCGACUUCAACGCAGACGGCCUGUACGUCUCCAAGAGCGAGAUGAAGGGAAUCCGUAUCCGUAGCGACAAGAACUUCCACUGGCUGAUUGGAGACGACGUCGACACCACGGCCAGCACCCGGAACGACCACACAUACGACAGGAUCGUGGUUUACGGGGACGACAUGCUGCAGGCCGUGGUGCCGAACUCGGCCAAAUCCUUCAACUUCCAGGAGGCGUACGGACUCAGUGAAGAGCAGACUCUGAAGGUGAGCGACCAUUACCCCGUGGAGGUGGAGCUGAAGUCCUCGACCAGCAAAGCACACGAAGAUGAUGCUCUGAAACGGCCGCUGCUGCUCGUGGACGAAGAUCUGCUGGACCUGAAGAGAGGAAACCUGCUGCUGGAGAGGGAGAAGCUGAGCCUGGAGAUCCAGGUGCUCCGGCUGAAGAUGGCCAGCAUGAGCCGCCGGGAGGAACUCUAUAAACUCAGGAAGCCGACGCCCACUGAACAAUAAGCUCCUCCCCCCCCCCCCCAAACUCUUCUUUCAGGACGCGUUUUUGACUGAAUCGAGUUGUAAUAAAGUGGAACUGGCCGGCGUUCUUCACUGGUUCCUCUUUUGACUCGUCGGCUCAAACCAAGUGUGACCUGGUUUUGGGCGCCAAGGUCUCAAAACCAAGGUCGCCUGACGAGUGCAAAAAGAAAGAUGGCGUCCGGCCACAACGUGCGUCAAAACGUCCUCAAUUCACACGGGAGACGUUUGAUUUGAUCGGGAGGCGUCAAUGUGCCACAAGGCGUCCAGGAAACCCAAAAGAAGGAUCAUCCUACUAGUUGGACUAGCUGAGCAUCCCAAAGUACCACGUUGGGUGUAUUAGUGUCUCAAGCAGUAUAUGCCAGAAAUACCAGGAUGUUCUCCAGCGAUGCUUUUUGAGUUAUUCUGACCCACAAUAUAGCCCACUCAUUUGCUGUUUUGUUAAAUGUCUUUAUUUCAUAUAUAUAUAUAUAUAUUGUUUUCUGUUAACGGUGUUCCUUUUA